GYCAUCCUCCAAAAGGAACUCUCUGGAACAAGGAAAGAUGAACAUGAAAAUCUGAUUUAAAAAUUUUCUAAAUUCUCCUUAAAUUUUAGUAAAAAGAACGCCCACAACUUCCUGUAUAAGAAAUAAACAUGAGCAGUUCAGAGGAAGUUUCGUGGAUUUCUUGGUUUUGUGGGCUCCGUGGAAACGAGUUCUUCUGCGAGGUUGACGAGGAUUACAUCCAAGACAAGUUUAACUUAACAGGACUUAAUGAACAAGUACCACAUUACAGACAAGCACUGGAUAUGAUUCUAGACAUGGAACCAGAUGAUGAGCUGGAGGACAACCCUAAUCAAAGUGACUUGAUAGAACAAGCAGCAGAGAUGUUGUAUGGAUUGAUUCAUGCCAGAUAUAUACUGACAAACAGAGGCCUGGCUCAGAUGCUUGAAAAACAUCAGAAUGGAGACUUUGGACAUUGUAGCAGAGUAUAUUGUGAAAAUCAGCCAGUCUUACCCAUAGGAUUAUCAGAUGUUCCUGGUGAGUCUAUGGUAAAGUUAUACUGUCCCAAAUGCAUGGAUAUAUACACACCCAAAUCAUCUCGACAUCACCAUACAGAUGGUGCUUAUUUUGGCACAGGGUUCCCGCACAUGUUAUUCAUGGUACAUCCAGAGUACCGGCCCAAACGACCAGCAAAUUGUUUUGUACCAAGGUUGUAUGGCUUCAAGAUUCAUCCAAUGGCAUUCCAGAUGCAGCAGCAAGCGGCUGCAGCAGCAGCYGCACAUCGUAAUAAGUCAUCAACAUCCAGACCAAGAUCAACCAAACACCAAAGAUGAUAUUUUAAAUUAGUGAUAUGUAACAGCUAUACAAUGGUUUUGAGCAGCUACUAUACACUGUACAUGGAAUGAUGCCACAAGACACGUAGCAUAAAUGGCAGCCGAGGAAAGUGUGUUUACAGAGAAAAUGCAAGUGAUAAUUUUGAUAUCCAGAGUACCAGAGUAUGCCAAAGGAAACUAUUGUAUAACUGUAACUCACAUUUACAGAUAAUACAUUCAAUGUCUCUUUUCCAAACAUACACAACAGAUUUCUGCUUUCUAAUUCAUGGUUGUAUUAUCUGUGAUGUGAGACAUAGCAUUUGAUGAUAAAGUACAGCUACAGAUGAGUGUACAAUUCUAAAUAAGUCACACAUAUUUAUAGACAAAAUGUUAUGUGUAUAGCUUAUGCAUGUAUAUUGAGGACCCUGACCUGCUUAUCAAGUCAAUUAUUAACAUACAAUAGAUGUACAGUAUUACGUUGACUAGGUUAAUUAUCUAGUUAAAAUAAAAACAGCACUCUGAAUAACUUGCA